AUGGCCACAGGAAGAGUCCUGCUCGGCUCUCUGCUGCUCCUGUCCCUGCCGCUGGGCCUUGGCAGGGACCCUGGUGCUCCAGAGGCUCUGGUGGUGGAGGGAGAGCUCUCAUCUGAGCUAGCAGCAGACAUGCGGACCUGGAGGCCACAGCUGGGUGCCCGUCUGCGCAGAGCCCCGGCUGGCCCUUGCCAGCUGUGGAGCUUGGCCCUGCCGGUAGCAGAUCUGGGCCUAGGCUAUUCUUCAGAGGAAACGAUCAUCUUCCGAUACUGUGCUGGCAGCUGUCCCCAAGGUGCCCACACUCAGCACAGCCUGACGCUGGCCCACCUGCGGAGCCAGGGCAGAGCACGUGGUGGCCCUUGUUGCCGGCCCACCCGCUAUGCUGACGUGGCCUUCCUGGAUGACCACCACCACUGGCAGUGGCUACCCCAGCUCUCAGCGGCUGCCUGUGGCUGCGGUGGCUAA